CCGUUCGUUGUAUUGCUGUAAUCCGGAUCCUUCGUUCCCAAUCAUAGCUAUCAUGCGUUACUCAUUCGCUGCUGCUGCUCUUGCAGCUGCUACCCUCACCACCAGUGUGAACGGUUCUGCGAUGCCGCAGGCCAGCUCGUCUGGUUGCCAGCCCAGUUUUGAGGGUAGCUUCCAGAUCAUGGUUGUGCCAGGAUCCACUCCCGCAACUCCCAGGAUGAAGAAGCGGGCCCAGUGCGGUUCCUCCGGAAGCCUUGUGGCCACCUUGAAAGACGGUAUCCUCACCGACGCACAGGGCCGCAUUGGAUCCAUCGUAUCCAACCAUCAAUUCCAAUUCGACCCCGCUCCUGGCCAGGUAAACGCCCUUACCACCAGCGGAUUUUCCGUCUGCAACAGCAAGCUCGGCCUGAGGGGCUCCACCAACUUCUUCCAAUGCCGCUCGGGUAACUUCUUCAAUCUCUAUGAUGAGUCUAUCGCCCCCCAGUGCGAGCCGAUUACCAUCGACAUCAUCAGCUGCGCCAGCGGUGGUGAUCCUCCCGGUGAUCCACCAGUUUCUCAGGUGGGAGACGGCCAACCUAAGAGUGGUGCAGGACAGCAGCUGGGAGAUGGGCAGGUCCAGAAUCCUGCUGGGGCGCAGCAGGGAGGUGCCGCAGGCGAAGCUGGAGACGGGCAGAUCCAGAGUCCCGGCGCCCAGCAGGGAGACCAGCAAGGAGGCCAUCAAGGAGGCUCUAGCAGUGGUGCGUCCGCUGGUGGUAGCUCUGGCACCCAGCCUGGGGCACCUAGCGGUGGAACCUCCGGCACUCAACCGGGUGAAGGGGUUGGGAGCGGAGGAGGGGCCAGCCCCAGCGGUGGUGGAGCUAGUGGCGGCGCACCAACUUGCGCUUCGUGCGCGGAAGGCUCACAGCCUAGCGGCGGUGGCGCAGGAGGAGGAGUAAGCGGUGCCUCUGCGGGUGGGCAGCCCUCUGGAAGCGGCGCAGGAGGGGGCGCUGCUCAACAAAUCGGCGAUGGUCAGCUUCAGAGCGGAGGGGGAGGAGGUGGAGCUUCCCACGAAGCUGGUGAGGGUCAAAUUCAGAGUCCCGCUCGAUUCUAGGGGUUUUGACGAGGUAAUGAGUGUCCUGUAACGGAUGGACGAUGGAGUAAAAGUAUAAACCAAACUUUAAUAGAUCGUAUAGAGUAUAAUAAAAUCGAAUGCCGUGCUUUUAGAAGUCAAGUUCCGAAUAGUAUGGUUUUAAGCUCUGGAUAUAAACGGCUUGCCUCGAGUUUCUGCUGAAGACUCAUGAUGCGCCUCUCUUUGGCUCGGUUUCGGAACGAAUAUAAGAAUUAUACUCUGGGACGAUUGAGAGCC